AUGGCCGCAAAUGCAAGAUUCAUGCAAUGGGAAGAGCAAGCUGCAGAGAGUCAGACGCUGGAAGAAGCCGUCGAAGAAUACAAGAGAAGAUAUAGGAUGCUGCCUCCACCUAAUUUUGAUCAAUGGCAUAGAUUUGCUAUAGACAACGCGUCGCCUAUUAUUGACGAUUUCACCCAGAUCCACAAUGACCUACUGCCCUUUUGGAGUCUUGAACCGGCAACUAUACGGGAUAGAACGGCUCAUUUGGCCGAGUAUUCGUCAGUGGGUGUCGGUGUGCUUCGCAUAAGGAAUGGUACGGUCGACUACUCGCCACAUAUACCGGGAUCUCACCGCUGGAUGAUGGAUUCGAUGCAGCGAAUGAUGGAGCCUUUUGUCAAGUGGCUACCAGAUAUGGAUAUUGCCAUGAAUCUCGCGGACGAAUGCCAAAUGGCUAUACCUUUCGAGGAAAUGCGCACGUACAAAGCUGUAGCGCAGGAAGCAAUCGCUAACAUGAUGCGUCCGGGCCAGAGAAUACAGAAUAGCACGACGAAAAGCUUGAAUGGAUCACAAUGGCCAUCGUAUUUCAGCAAGCCGCUUCCAACGGAGGUCAUGUCGCCCUUCUUUACGGAUAAUAUCCGCUGGCAGAUCUACCAUGAUCUGGUCAGUCCUUCAUGUCCCCCAUCAUCUCUAGCUCGCAGAAAGCGUUGGUGGGACUGGAGUACUCUUUGCGUGGAUUGUAUGCUUCCACAUUCAAUAUUCACCGACGAAGGAGCAUUGGUAGGCGACGCUGGUCUUGCAAACGAUCUAUGCCAUCAACCAGACAUAGCGUAUCUCAAUGGCUUCAUCAAUACACCAGCAGCUAUGGUGGGAACGAACAAACUGUUUCCCAUAUUCAGCCAAGCUCGUGUGGGAGGGUUUUCUGAUAUUAUGAUCCCAUCUCCCUGGAACUUUGAGAAGAAAAGUCUCUAUAACGAGACCCUUGAUCCCGCUUGGAGCGACAAAUCCGAGGCGUUGUUUUGGAGGGGGUCGAGCUCAGACGGAUAUGCAGCCUUCACUUCGUGGAUGGGUUUCCUACGAUCCAGGUUCGUACAUGAAGCCUACCGACAGGCGACUGGCAAAGCAGAGACUCUAGCCAUCAAUGUUUCGUUUUCAGGAACCAUUCACAAGUGCCAUCAAGCCGAUUGCGCUGCCGAACAGCAUACAUUCAACAAGUGGGCUAAUGAUAUGCACAUCGUUUCACCUGAGGACAAAAUCAGCGAUUCUGAGGGCGAAUGGAGGCUCUCGGCCCCAAUUACACCGUUCGAAGAUAAUUGGAAGUAUCGGCAUCUCAUCGACAUGGACGGAGCAGGGUUUAGUGGCCGAUUCUUGCCCUUUUUGAAAAGCCGGAGCCUCGUUUAUCGAGCGGGUAUCUUUCAGGCAUGGUUCAAUGAGCGACUUACUGCGUGGCAGCACUAUAUCCCUCUCGAUGUACGGUUGGGUUCUGGCGUUUGGGCACUAUUUAACUAUUUAUCUGGUAAAGAAGAUGGGCAGGAGCAUGCACGAAAGAUCGCGGAGCAGGGACGUGAUUGGGCUCAGAAGGCGUUACGGCCUGAAGAUAUGCAGAUUUAUAUGUUUCGAUUAUUAUUAGAAUGGGGGAGAGUGGUAGAUAAUGAUCGAGAGCAUCUAGGCUUCUUAGGCUAA